AAAAGGCCCUGAGAAUUCUCUAAUUGCUGAGUCUACCUUGGCUGGGAAGUGGGAAAACUUGUUGGGUUUUUGCUGUCCCUCUGGGAAUGUAGCAAAUGCUCCUCCGSUGACAGUGAUGUGAAUGUGGGUGUCUCACACCAUUACAAACCAACUGCCCUCUGGCCAGGAUAAAUAUCUCUGGGGCCCUGGAGGGGCGCUCCCAGUUGGAUACCCUAUUAUAGGAUCAUCUCUCUGGGGGGUGAAGGGUUGCUGGAUCCUUUGCACCAGUGGCUGCCAGCUUCCACAGCUAUUGUUUAUGUUUUCCUUACUGCACAGAUCCUCCACCUCUUUUGCAGAUGCUCUUUAGCCGGAUUUCCUCUUUCUUUGGGAUUUACAUUCCCAUGCUAUCAUUGUUUCCCCAGGCUUUCUGCUUUGCAGUGUCAGCAGGGAAGUAUCAACCUGCCCCUGUCACCCUCCUUUCAUCAUCCCAAUCACCACCUCCAACUGCAGUGGAGAAUUUUGAGUCUUCUGGGGUCCCUAAACUCUCAUCCCCUUCCUAUGUGGGGAGCACAUACCCCUGCAUGAGGGAGGCCAUCUGCAAAGGGCUGGUGUCUGAUAUAUGGAGGCUCAGCUCUGAGGACAAAGGAAGUCACCAGUGCUGGCAGAGUAGCUGCCUGGUUUCCCACUAUUGUUCCCUGUGGCAAAUAAAAAGGGGUUGAACGUCCCUGCUGAACAUUGUAGGAGGGGGUAAAUGUUAUCUUGWUAAAAUCUCAUCGCCCCUCUCAGAGCAGCUCACACCUCUUUCCUGCUUGUCUCCCUCUCUGUAUAUUCACACAUCCUGGUACUUGUGGCUCUGCACUCAACUCUCUGCGCAGGUGGUUUUAUUCAUGCCUCAGAACACAAAAUGGGUCAAGUUGGAAGGGCAGGGAGUCAUCUGGCCCAACCUCCCUGCUCAAGCAGGAUUGUCCCAAAGCACAUUGCACAGGAUUGCUUCCUGAUGGUUCUUAAAUAUCUCUAGUGAGGGAAACUCUACAAUCUCCCUGGGCAAUCUGUUCCAGUGUGUGGGCACUGUGCAGUACAGAAGUUCAUCCUCAUGUUCAGSUGGAACUUCCUGUGCAUCAGUUUCUGCCCUUUGCCUCUUGUCCUAUUGCUUGGGCCCACUGAGAUGAGCCUGGCUCCAACCUCUUGUCACAAUCCCUUCAGAUAUUGAUAGACAUUGSUGAGGUCCCCUCUCAGUUGUCUCUUCUCAAGGCUGAACAGGCCCAACUCCCUCAGACGUUCCUCAUAAGAGAUGUCCAGUCCCUUAACCAUCUCCAUAGCCCUCUGCUGGACCUGCUCCAGGAGCUCCACUGUCUCCCUUGUACUACUGAGGAGCACAGGACUGGACACAGUAAGARACACAUGCUGCUCUCCUUCCCAGGCUGCUGUAAGGAAAGAGCUAAUAAUUUUCAGUGUACGCUUUAAACACGGGCUUGUGAACUUGCAGAAAGAAGGUCAUGAGUGCAUAUGCACAAACCAUGAAGGAAGCAAGGUUUCAGUUUUGGCUUUGCAGUUCAGGUCAAGGUUCAACUACAGUGUGUUGUAUAACAAGUGAAUAACUGUCCAAGUGCAAGAAGUGGGGUCACAAAUAGGACACUUGGUUUUUGAGGAGACUGCAUAAAAAUUACUCAGGAAAUAAAAUGAACCAGUUGAGACCCCACCAUCAAGACACCCRAGGCAUUGAAGGACCAACAGGACGGUGCUGGAUCCAUGGCGGGAAAUAUUGAAAUCCUAAAUCUCGAUAUGAAGCCUGGGARUACCCUGAAGGUGAAGGGCAAAAUAUCUGCUGAUACUGUUGGCUUCAGCAUCAAUCUGGGCUGCAGCUCGAAAGAUCUGGCAUUUCACUUUAAUCCCCGCUUCAAUGAGUCUGUCAUUGUCUGUAACUCCAAGUGCUCUGAUGCCUGGCAGACAGAGCAUCGUGACCACCACCUCCCUUUCUUCAGGGGCUGCACUGUCAAGUUCUUCAUUGAAAUGCUGUCAGACAAAUUCCGUGUGAAACUGCCAGAUGGGCAUGAAGUGUACUUUCCCAUCCGACACGGCUACUGCAAGAUCAAUUACAUGAGCAUCUUGGGAGGCUUCAAAAUAAUCUCCUUCAAGCUGAUCUGAUGGUCCCUGCUUUCUAGCUCUAAUAAAAACCCAAGCCAGUGGAAGAUU